AUGAGAAACGACAUUGUUUUCUCUCAAGUGACUUUCUCUGAAGAUCUGAUUCUGAAGAAUGGUACACAAGAUUUUAAUAUGUGCUUUUAUGGGAUUUCACAAGAUUCAAAUGUUACUUCUCAGGACUUUCGAUCUCCUCACUGGUCUCCUCCUUCUAACCCUUAUGUUAAGAUAAAUGUUGAUGCAACUUUUAUUCCUAACAAUGGUGCAGCUGGAGCAAUUGCAAGAGAUCAUAAUGGGAUGUUCUUGGGCUGCGACACAUAUACUUUUGAUUCUACUUCUUCAUUAUUAGCAGAAUCUUUAGCAUGUAAACUGGGAAUGGAAUUAGGGUUAAGAUUUGGUUUCAAAGAAAUUAUUAUUGAAGGGGACGCUGCUAACGUUACUUCUGUGGUGCUUGGAGAAGUCUCUCAAAUUCCUUGGAGCAUUAGAUCAACGAUUUUAGAAAUCAGGAGUUUGAUAUCAUCUUUUUUCAAUGUAAUUUUCGUUUCUGUUCCUAAAAAAGCAAACAGUCUGGCACAUAUAUUAUGCCAACAUGCUAUGCAUGACAAUGUAAAUAUGUGGUGGAAUGCAGAUUCUCCACCUCUUUGUAUCCUUUCAAACCUCUAUUCAUGA